AAUGGCUGAAGAAGGAGAAUGACUGUGGUUUCAUCUUUCAAUACGCUCAAAAUGGUAUGACAAGAGCACUGCAACAUUAAAAAAACAACCUGAAAAGACAUAAAUUAGACAGUACUGCAAAUACAGUUCCUCAUCCUGUGUAUUAAUUAUUUGAACUUUAUUGUUCUUCUAUAGGCCGCCCACUGGAGGUUCCUCCUGGAACCACUGGUCGACUUAGUGAUGAUUAUUGAAAAAUGAUGAUUAUUGAAAAGGAAACAGAUAUACACUAUAUUGAAUAAUAGGGAGGCUACCACCUCUGUCAUCAUUUCAGUAUUGACUGCUUGUGUUAAACAUAAUAUUUAAAAUAGUGCUGAAGUUAUGAAGGCAGAGCAGUAUUCCAACAUCAAACCCAGGGUUCUAGUCAAUGCUCUGACAACGACAACGACAGUUGAGGAACACUUACAGUAAAUCUGAAUUAUUGGGUCAAAAUAUGUAGAUGUCAGUAGAGGUGGUUACAUCAGUCAACUGUAUUAAAUGGUUUAUAUGUAAACACUGAAAUGCAUUUAAUGCAAAGUCUGUUUUCAAUUACCCAAGUAAAAACACCUAGUCUAUGAGUAAGACUGUAAUGGGCUUCAGAUCGGAAAUUGGUCGUGACAAAGAACCAAACAGAGUCCAGCGGGACUUCCUGAAGCUUUUAAAGAUGUGUAGGGAUUGGGUUUCAGACAUAGCCCGUCUAGAAAUGGCUGCCCGUAUGUACACUGGCAGCAAGGUUGAAAACCUGAUAUGCCUCCUUCCUUCUAUCAGUUCUCUCUCACUGCCUGCCCUCUUUCCCCUGGUACCUGCUGUGGUGAGACGUGAUCCGGGAAAAGAUGAAUGACUCGGUCAUCAGAGGAAGAAGCACUAGCUCUGUGCCUUAUUUAACCCAGAGACUAGUAGUGUGUGGAAUCAGAUCCAGCCCAAAUACUGCAUAUGAAUCAUAAACCAGCCAGUGACUCAGAUGAAAAAUGUGCACAAGUACACUGUUUAUUAACAUGCAAUUAGUAACUUAGGUCAUCUAAUGUCUGGGCUGGCUUAUAUUUAAAAUAACGUGCAACUGUACCAUAACAUGUUUAGAAAAAAAAAAUAUAUAUAUAAACUACCAAAAAGUGAUAAAAAACAAAAGCAUAAGUCUGUUCAAGUGCCCAUCAUGUCCUUAGAAAAUGUAGUAAAACAUUUAACAUGUUUACACUACACAAAUGGACAUUUAUUCGCUGCUGUUUAAAACCUUGGCUUUAGUAGAUGAUAGAUUAGUCCUUUCCAUGACUUAAUUCCUAAAAUAAAUGAAGAAGAAGAAUCCUUUAAAUAGGAAGUGCUGAUGCUACAACUCCCAGUUUUCUGCAAACCUGCAACUUAUCCUGAGUAUUAGUUGACAGAACCCAUGUGACUUGAUAUAAUGCAGAGGGAUAUUGAAGCAAAGCUUCCAUUUCAGUGAAAUACAUUGUGAAACUCUUAACUUCCCUACGUGAUGAACUUGUCAUGGUAACUUUAACCCUCUUUAACCCUCAUGUUACUUCCUCUGUCAUGUGCCACUGUUAUAACCUUUGAUAACAUUAUUACUUUGGAGACUUCACUACCGGCCAUUUGCUGAGGCUUUUUCCUGAUCAUCAGUCUUAUCUUUGGAUAAUCAUGGGAACAUAAAUCACAUUAACUGAAUCAGCUCAUAUCAGCGGAAUUAAUGACUCUGUGGGCCUUGUCAAUUUGUCCAUGCUUGCUUGGAAGAAGGAUUCAUGGUCUUUGAAACUUUUCUUGAAAGUGGUUACUGAAAAUGUAGGUGAGAAACCAACUGAGUCAUUGAAAUUCAGAAAAGAAGGAACUGUGAGAUUCAAGCUGGUUGUUAUAAUCUCUGAUAAGUAAAAAAAAAACUAGAAAUGAUCAGAACAAAUUUGUCAAAUUGCGUAGAAUAUGUAUAUAACCGUGAAAAAACUCUUGGCCUCUUUCAUUAAUCACUUAAAUAAAAUGAGUUGGACUAACAGGUAUUGACCAAAGUAGUUUGUUGGACAUUAUCUCCAAUAUAGUUUUUAACAGCCACAUUUAAACCCGUGUAGGUGCUAGUCACCAAGGAGGGAGUUACAAUUUUUCUUUCCUUUUUCCCCCCAUCCAACUGUGUCCAGUAUUGGCUGAAGGGGACACUCAAAGCAGUUGGCUGAGAAUUCAAUUUAGUUUAGUUUACAAGUGAUUAAAUCUAAUGAGAUUAAGUUCAGUUAGAUGUAAAAGAAAAGAACCAAAAAACAAACAACAAACUCUUAGGAUUAAAUCAGUUUCUUUGGCAACAAAUGAGGAUGACAUUGUCAGGAACUGUUCUAAACUUUCCAAACGCUCAUCUCAUAUGAUGCAAUAAAAUAUGAUGAUAGUAACAUAGAUGUUUAAAUAAAAAAAAAAAUGUAGACGUUCACAUAAUUAUUUAAAAAUAUUGUUUUUAUUUUUGGUUAAAUUUAAAUAUUGAACAAGUUAAUGUUCAACUCCCAGGACACCUACAGUGACCAACUCCUGCACACACACACGCACGCACGCACGCUUGACUCUGUAGCAGGAAGUGAGUCGUACGCUGGAAUGCUGGAUCCAGUCAAUGCACCAUAUUACACACACAGAGCAAGGGAGGCAGGGAGAGAGAGAGUCAGAGGGAGAGUGUGAGAGGGGAAAAAAGAGAAAGGGGGCAGUGCCUUUUGGACACAGACUGAUUCACAUCCACUCUCAGAACCACACACACCCUCACUCUCACAAACAAACUCAGACAUCAGCAGCACUGACGAGCGCACAGGACAAUAUGCCGCAGUCAGACUCGAGUCUAGGGAUUUGGAACACGUUUGUUGGAGUUACUGUGGACUAGCACCAGUGGGACGUUUGUAAAAGUGGAUCCCGACGCCCUAUCAGGUGUUAGAACAGGCAGUGUUUUGGGAAACGAUCAGCAGGGAGUUUGCGACGUGGAUGCGAGUGCAUCGUACUGGAACCCUCAGAGAUGAUCGUGGUGGACUAUAUGGAUGAAAAUGAGGAAUACUUUCAGCGACAAGCCUCACACAGACAGUCCCGUCGGCGCUUCCGCAAGAUCAACCAGAAGGGCGAGAGGCAAACGAUCAUUGACACGGUGGAUCCGUACCCCACUGGAAAGCCACCCAUAGCUCGGGGAUACCACACGCUUCCUGCCGACUUCAGCAGACUUCACCUGGCCGACGGCUUGCAUCCACAGGUGACCCACGUCUCCUCCAGCCACUCAGGAUGUAGUAUCACCAGCGACUCUGGAAGCAGCAGCCUGUCAGACAUUUACCAGGCCACAGAGAACGAACCAGGUGACAUGGACCUGAGUGGCCUACCAGAGACUGCUGUGGACUCGGAGGAGGACGAUGAUGAGGAGGACAUCGAACGAGCGUCGGAUCCCCUCAUGAGUCGGGACAUUGUCAGAGACUGCCUGGAGAAGGACCCGAUGGACAGAACUGAUGAUGACAUCGAGCAAUUACUGGAGUUCAUGCAUCAACUGCCAGCGUUUGCAAACAUGACCAUGUCAGUAAGGAGGGAACUCUGCGCCGUCAUGGUUUUUGCUGUGGUUGAACGCGCCGGUACCAUUGUGCUGAAUGACGGUGAAGAGUUGGAUUCUUGGUCAGUGAUUCUGAAUGGUUCCGUGGAAGUGACGUAUCCUGACAACCGGACAGAGAUCCUCUGUAUGGGGAACAGCUUUGGGGUGUCGCCAACCAUGGAAAAAGAAUACAUGAAGGGUGUGAUGAAAACCAAGGUGGACGACUGCCAGUUUGUGUGCAUAGCCCAGCAGGACUACUGCUGCAUCCUCAACCAGGUGGAGAAGAACAUGCAGAAGGUGGAGGAGGAAGGUGAGAUUGUGAUGGUGAAGGAGCACCGUGAACUGGACCGAACCGGUACCAGGAAAGGACACAUCGUAAUCAAGGGCACACCGGAGCGUCUCACCAUGCACCUUGUUGAAGAGCACUCAGUGGUGGACCCCACGUACAUCGAGGACUUCCUGCUCACGUACAGGACCUUCCUCUCCAGCCCCAUGGUCGUGGGCAAGAAGCUCCUAGAGUGGUUUCAUGACCCCAGUCUCAGGGACAAGGUUACACGGGUAGUCUUGCUGUGGGUAAACAAUCACUUCAAUGACUUUGAGGGUGACCCUGCGAUGACCCGCUUUUUGGAGGAGUUUGAAAACAAUCUGGAGAAGGAAAAAAUGUGCGGGCACCUCAGACUGUUAAAUAUAGCAUGUGCUGCUAAAGCCAAGCCACGACUGGUGACACUGACCAAGCCGUCCAGAGACUCUCUACUGGCCUUCAGCCUGCUGGGAGGUCAGGAGAAAGGCUUCCGUAUCUUCAUUGAUGCCGUGGAGCCAGGGAGCAAGGCAGCAGAGGUCGGCCUCAAGCGUGGGGAUCAGAUCUUAGAGGUCAAUGGCCAGAACUUUGAGAACGUCCAGCUCAGCAAAGCCAAUGAAAUUCUGAAGAACAACACUCACUUGUCCAUAACUGUGAAAACUAACCUUUUAGUGUUUAAAGAGCUUCUAACAAAGCCUGAACAAGACCCAGACUUGGACGGUGAUGAGGAACAUGACAGAAAGAACGGGGCUCCUCACCUCCCCAAGAUCGGUGACAUUAAGAAGGCCAGCCGCUACUCCAUUCCUGAUCUAGCUGUGGACGUAGAGCAGGUGAUGAGUCUGGAGAAGGUCAGCAAGAAGGCCAAAUCAAACUCGGUGGGAGGACGCAACAAGCUAAAGAAGAUCUUUGACAAGACCAUCACCAGCAUCCUGCCUCCUAAACCUUACAAUGACGUUUGCGUCGGCCAAUCACAGGACGACAGCAUAGUGGGUAUGAAACAGUCCAAACAAAUCCCUCCGGCUCUGCCCGUCAGCGGCAACCUUUCGUCAUCAAACCCAGAUCUCCUGCAGUCUCACCACCGCAUCCUGGACUUCAACAACCAGCCAGUGCCAGUCCCCAUCAAUAUGUCAGACCAGGUGUUACGGGUCUUUAAGGCUGACCAGCAGUCCCGGUACAUCAUGAUUGGGAAGGACACUACAGCUAAGGAGGUAGUGGUCCAGGCCAUCAGGGAGUUUGCCCUGACUGCAGCGCCGGAAGCUUAUUCUCUAUGCGAGGUGUCCGUCACACCUGAGGGUGUCAUCAAACAGAGGCGAUUACCAGACCAGCUUUCUAAACUGGCUGACAGGAUUCAGCUCAGUGGGAGAUAUUAUCUUAAAAGCAACAUGGAAACAGAGACGUUAUGUUCAGAUGAGGAUGCCCAGGACCUCCUCAGAGAAGGCCAGAUCUCUCUGCUACAACUCAGCACCGUGGAGGUUGCCACACAGCUUUCCAUGCGGGCUUUUGAACUCUUCUGUGCCAUCGAGCCCACGGAAUAUAUCGACGACCUUUUCAAGCUGCGCUCAAAGACAGGCUCUGCCAGUUUGAAGCGUUUUGAGGAGGCCAUCAAUCACGAGACCUUCUGGGUGGCCACAGAGGUGACGCGGGAGCCCAACCAGCUGAAGCGCAUGAAGACGGUCAAGCACUUCAUCAAGAUUGCACUGCACUGCAGGGAGUGCAAGAACUUUAGCUCAAUGUUCGCCAUCAUCAGUGGUUUGAACCUGGCUCCGGUGUCCAGGCUAAGGGGAACGUGGGAAAAGCUACCAAGUAAAUACGAGAAGCUGUUUGGAGACCUGCAGGAUCUUUUUGACCCUUCCAGGAAUAUGGCCAAAUACAGGAAUGUCCUCAACAAUCAGAAUCUCCAGCCACCCAUCAUUCCCUUGUUUCCUGUCAUCAAGAAAGACCUCACCUUUUUACAUGAAGGCAACGACUCUAAAGUUGACGGCCUGGUAAACUUCGAGAAGCUGAGGAUGAUUGCCAAAGAAAUUCGCCACGUGGGUCGCAUGGCCUCAGUCAACAUGGACCCAGCUCUCAUGUUCAGGACAAGGAAGAAGAAGUGGAGAAGUUUAGGGUCUCUAAGCCAGGGUAGUGCCAAUGCGGCAGUGCUUGACGUCACCCAGACGGGCGGGCACAAGAAGCGGGUGCGCCGCAGCUCCUUCCUGAACGCCAAAAAGCUUUACGAGGAUGCCCAGAUGGCCAGGAAGGUCAAGCAGUACUUGUCCAACCUCAGCCUGGAGAUCAACGAGGAGAGUCUGCAGACGCUGUCGCUGCAGUGCGAACCCUCCAUCAGUACGCUGCCCAAGAAUGCUGGUGGGAAACGACCAGAUACGUCUCCUGUAGUGUCCAGAGCUGCCAGUCAACAGAGGGGGCAGUUGGCCAAAGUAAACCAGGCUCUCCAGGUCCCUGCUGUGGCACUUUACCCAUCCAGAAAGAAGGUUCCUGUCAAAGACCUCCCACCUUUUGGCACCAGCUCCCCGCAGUCUCUGAAGAAAAUUCUGUCGCUGUCGGAGGAAGGGAGCGACCGGCACCGGCGGCAACCAGAGGACACGAUGUCCAACGCCUCCUCCCAGCUCUCCUCCCCACCCACCUCGCCUCAGAGCUCCCCCAAGAAGGGUUACAAUAGGAUGGGAGACGCCUACUCAGACUCUGGUCACAGUGAGAUCUCGUCUCGCUCCAGCCUGGUCAGUAACUCGUCAUUUGACAUGGCCCAGGAAGAGAGGAGACUGCGUCACUCUGGAGUCGGAGACUCCCACAUGGGUGGACCUCGGUUGGAACGUCGGGCCACCACCGAUCCCGAUCAGUACAGUAUAGGGUCAUACUCGUCAAUGCAGGACUGUCGGGGUAUUUAUGCCGGCUGCCCCACGGUGCUCUCCUCACCCAGUUCAGAGGAGUUAACUCAGGAUCAGGGCGAUCGUGUUUCACUUGAUGCUGCAGACAGCGGCCGCGGUUCCUGGACUUCCUGCUCCUCUGGUUCCCAUGAUAACAUUCAGACAAUGCAGCAGGGACGUAGCUGGGAGACGCUGGCCUUCGGAGGAGGCAGCGGCAUCGGAGGACUCCCUCCUGGACCUGAGUCCUUCUUGGGUGGACCUGCUGCCCUGUGGGCCGCACAGGCCAGGGGCAGCUGGGCUUCUGUCAGCUCCUCCUCAUCCUCAGCUGCGUACUGGGGAGAGGACUCCGAGGGAGACACGGGCACCAUCAAGAGGAGGGGAGGAAAGGACGUGAACGCAGACCCAGAAACCAGUAGCAUCACAUCAACAGGGUCAGAAGAGGCGAAGCAGCUGGGCCGCCCGUCUCCAUCGCCAAUCACAGCCGGGGGUAAAAGGAUCAUUUGUGGUCCAGCUGCUUUAAUUCAGCUGUGUCCAAAUAACCAGCAUCAGUCAAUAACACGGAAAGAAGGCCGUUUCCGGGAGCCUCCACCAACUCCACCUGGCUACACCGCCCUGACCAUCUCAGACCUCACUGAAGGUCAACACUCAGUCACGUCUGUAACCCCAUCCACAACGACGCAUUCAGGCCGUAGGCCUCCAGACUACACCACAGCGCUGCAACGCUCGCGCAUGGUCACACAGUCGCCCGACUCCCACCAAGUCCACCAGGGGGCUAAACAGCGGUCAGGCGGCCUCCACCGCACACGCUCACCGAGUGAGGACCAAGAGCCGGAUGAAGAAGAGGAGGGUGAGUCCUUGUCUUCCAAACUAGUCGCUUUGAGGAAGGCAGGAUCAGUGGCAUACUACACACCUGAGACUCUUCUGAGCCAUGAGAAUCAGUCAGGGUCCAAAUUCUGAUCUGAAAAGCAGAGGAUGAACAAGUGUCAGCAGUGUGAGGGGACGAUAGCGGAC